AUGAAGCCUCAAACCGCUGCUUUCCUCCUCACCCUCUGCGGCUCUGCUUUUGCCGUUCCUGUCCCCAACGAGAAGUUCCAAGAACAGCCGACUGCUGCUGGCUCAGUGGCGUCUGUGACUGGCACGCCUUCGAGUCUGCCUGUUGGCUUCCCUCCUCAGCAGUCCGGCACUCCUGCUGGCGCUCCCUCCGGUUUGCCUUCGAACUUCCCUCCGGCUCCUGGUCCCUCCGGGUUCCCCUCUGCUGCUCCUGACGCUGCUUCGUCAAGCUUCGGUCCCGCUCCUUCGGGCCCUGCUCCCUCUGGCGGCCCGUUCGGAUCCAACCCAUUUGGAUCUAACCCGUUCGGCUCCGCUCCCUUCGGUACCGCACCAUUCGGUGCUGGUCCUACUCCUUCUGGCCCUCCGUUCGGGGCUCCCUCCGGGUUUCCCUCUGGAACUCCCUCUGGAUUCCCUUCUGGCACUCCCUCUGGCCCGCCGCCGCAGGGCCCUAAGCCCACUGGCGGCUUUGGCCAACAGCAGCAGCAGCAGAAGCGCUCUCAGCCUUCUGAGGAGGGUCAGCAGCAGGGUCAAUUCGGUGAGGGAGGUGGUCUUCCUCCAUUCGCCUCGGGUGCUACUCCUUCCGGCCCUGCUCCUUCGGGUGCUACCCCCUCUGGCCCUGCACCUAGUGGCCACGGCCACCACGGUGGCUUCGGUGGCUUCGGUGGUUUCGGUGGCUUCGGUGGCUCUGGUGCUGGCCUCUCCGGCGCUGCUCCUUCUGGCGCGGCUCCCUCUGGUCCUGCUCCCUCUGGCGGUGCUUUCGGCUCGAACCCUUUCGGCUCAAACCCGUUUGGUUCUAACCCAUUCGGUUCUAACCCAUUCGGUUCUGCUCCCUUCGGCACUGCUCCUUUCGGUGCUGGUCCUACUCCUUCGGGCCCUGCUCCUUCCAGCUUUGCUUCUGGCUCUACGCCAUCUGGAACUCCCUCUGCCUUCCCUACUCCUUUCGCGCAGUAA